AUGUAUGGCGGGUACAGCAGUCCAUCUCACGGAAAUCUACAUCUAGCUUCGCCGAGGAGGGACGAACAGCGACAAUCACAGGUGGAAUCGCAGGCCCCGUACAGCGAUGGCAUCGAUCAAGACGGCCGACCAUCUUCUUUCGAAACGCUCCACGCCCAGCUGAUACAAGUGGACGAAAGCCUCCCAGAGCUGCGGACCGGUGAUGGGCCGCGCAACAACCUUCAGUUCUUCGAUGGGCAUAGUCAUGAUGAGCCGUCGCGGCCCUUUCCCGAGAGACCUUGCAAACCGGGACUCACCAGAAGCGCGAGGACCUUGAACCUAAUGCAGGUUCCUGCUAUCAAUGAUUACAUGGACAACUGGAGCCCCUUCGAAGAACGUCCCGAAACGCCUGCCAAGCUGAAGAGAACGGCUAGCAAAAGUGAAAUGUCGCCGUUCAUAAAUGAUCCCGAGGUUUUGCGCAAGUGGAUGUACAAGAAACCUGACGAUUCUGUCAAACAGUCCACCAGCAAGAGUAGUUCUACGUCUCCUUCUCAGACGCAUUUUCCUAAACAUCGCAAAACACAACCCCAGCAGUCGUUUUCCAGCGCUAAACCGGACCAAAGCGCUUUCAUGUCUUCAGGACUGAAAUCCAAAAUGCAGAUGCAUCUAAUGCCCCGUACGACGAAUACCCCCGAUACCCCAAUAAAGAAAUCUCCUCUAAACAAGAGUGCCAAUUCGACGUCGAUUAUGGAUUCUCCCGUGCAUUCAUAUACAUCCAUGACUGCACCACAUGGGUCGAUAAGCCAGUCUCCACUGAGUGCAUCCUACAGCCGAUUUCACUCGUCCAACGUGAACAGCAGUACGUUAUCUUUCGUUAAGGAUAAACGAACUCGAGCAUCGAAAAUGUUCAGCAACACUGUUCUCACGAAUACGUUACAACAGUUUACGGAUGACUUAUAUGGAAAUGACGAUGAAGAUCUGUUUCUGUCCGAAGAUGUUCCGUCUUCGGCUCCAACAAUAACCUUCUCGGGAGACCCCAAUAGCCCCUCACACACGCCUACUAAAUCUCCCUACGCCAGUAGGAAACAACCAUCUCCGUUUUUCAACUCCAGACCCAAGCGGUCUAUUAAUGCAAAAAUUAGCAGAUGUACAUCCCCUUCUUUGGAACAAGCGACGACGAGCCCUGACUCUCACUUGUCAACCAAAUUCAUUGACGUUAGUUGCAUUGGAAGCGGCCAAUUUUCCAAAGUGUAUCAAGCAACCUUCCAACCCACUGGCAUCAAGUACGCGGUCAAAAGCCUGCGGCCUAAUAAAUUCAAUUCCACUGCCAAGAUACUACAAGAGAUUGAAAUACUGUCACUGAUGAAUGAAACUAUGCUCGAUGACGAAGGGAAAGAAUAUGUACUGAACUUCAUCAGCUCUUGGAAAUAUCAGGGAUAUUUCUACGUGAUGACAGAAUAUUGCGAGAAUGGUGACUUAGACUCAUUUCUGAAAGAGCAAGUUAUCAGUAAGAAUACGCGACUGGAGGAUUGGCGAAUAUGGAAGAUUAUAGUGGAACUAUGCCUCGCGCUUAACUUCAUCCACACUUCUUGUCAGAUUGCCCAUUUAGAUGUAAAACCCACUAAUGUUCUCAUUACUUUCGAGGGUGGCCUAAAGCUAGCAGACUUUGGAAUGGCUGCGAGACUCCCUAUAUCCAAUAGUGGGGCUGAACACGAAGGAGACAGAGAAUACAUUGCUCCCGAAAUAAUAUCAGACUGUAUCUAUGAUUUCAGGGCCGAUAUUUUUUCCUUGGGACUUAUGAUCGUCGAAAUUGCCGCCAACGUAAUGCUGCCUGAUAAUGGAAAUGCUUGGCACAAACUGCGAUCUGGCGACCUCUCUGACGCUGGAAAACUAAGCUCAUCGGACAUCCACUCAGCAUCACUAUUCUCUGCAAACAACACAACCACAGAUAUAACCAGUUCACAUUCGGCAUCUUACAAAAUACCAAACAGGAUGGAUUUUCUGGUUGAUAAUUGCGGUAAGAUACCUGCAUGGGUACCGAAAUUCUUGAUUGAUGGUGUGUCGCUCGAGCGAAUGGUCCGACGCAUGAUAGAGCCUGAUUACAAGAAAAGACCAACAGCAUUAGAAAUACUGCAUUCAGAAGAGUGCGAGUACGUUGAACGGACCCGAAAGGCAAACGCAAUAAUUCAAGAAGAUGACUUCGGGCCCAAACCGGAAAUAUUUAUGUAG